AUGAUCUUUGCCAAGGUCCAAGUUGGUGCAUCGACUCCACGCUACGGUACUAGCAUGCAUGUUGAGCGUCAAGCCGGAGGAAAGCUGUAUCUAGUGCGCAAGAAGCAAAUGCACGCAUCGUCGACAGACGAGUCACGCGGGGCCAUCAAGAUGUAUCAGGAAUAUUCCGAGCGGCGUCACGUGGUAGUCAGAUCAGAAGAGCAGAGCCACAAGCACCACCAUCAUCGAGUCAUCGAGCAAGAUCCCCAGCGCAAGGACUGCAUUCGCAUUGAGAUCACCGGUCUACACAACGAGCAGAAGCAGCAUCGCAUCUCAAUCUCGGUCGAAAUGGGAGAACGCUGUCUGCCUGAGCCUCAGCCUAAGCCUAAGCCAUCUCCCGUCUUCGAAGUCCGUGAACCACGCCAUGUCACAGCAAAGCCUCAUGUCGAGCUGAAGAAGGUGCGCCUCGAAAAGUUUCGACUGGAGAAAGUCCGUCCGGCAGAAGCUCGUGUUCAUGAUAUCCCGUCUCGCCCACAGUUUCAGAAGCACUGCCACAAAGAGCGCAAGGUACAUGUGGACAUCAACGUCGAAGAGCGCAAGCCACACUUUUAUCGUGCACCAGAAAGUGAAGGGGUGGAUUGGGACAAGGACUUGCAAGCUUGGGUUGUGAACAGAUCACCAAGAGUCCGAUUUGUCUGA